GGUUUGGUGGAGAGCUUAGUCCACUGGUCAUCAGGUGGCCGGUAUAUAAAUGAUCUCUCAUUGUCAAGCAAAAGUUCCGACGACUGAUCACCAGUGUUACCCUUCAGGUUCUAGUCAGGCCAAGCGUCCUGAGAGAGCCGGGGAGAUACAGUGAAUUGGAAGUUUUGUAAACACAUUUAUUCAGUAUAUGGACUAUAGUGGACAUUUCUGUAUCUCAAGUAGAGAUAUAAGCUAUAGAGCGAUACGCCAGUAAUAAUUAUACAACAAUACGCCAUUGUUAAACAACGAUACGCCACUGUUAAACAACGAUACGCCACUGUUAUACAAUAAAUCAUAAACAGUCAAACAACAACAUUCAUUUUAUACUUGUAAACGUUAGACUAGCGUUGUAUGCAACCUUCUUUAUUUUUUGAAAGCACCUUAAGGGAUAUAAUUUCCACAAGAAUUUUGUUAUAUAAGUUGAAUAUUAUUCGAUUAUAGAUAUUUUGUUUACAAUUAUUUUUAAUCUGAACUUAUAUCCGUUCCAAACAUAGAAAAUUUGUAUUUCUGUGUUCAUGUAUGUUGAUGAGAAAUAUUGAUGAAUUUUGAAUGAACUAUAAAAUUGAUAGUUAAAGUUGAUACGUUCAUUUAGUUCUUAUAUAAUCAACGAACUCUGGAGACGAGAAUGAACACCUGGACCUUACUGAGUACCAUUGUGACAUUCAAUUUUGUCCUGUCCUUUGUUCAAGGUAAAAAGAUAUUUUGUUAUUACAGUAGUUUUGCUCACACUCGACAAGGCAUAGGCAAUUUCCUGCCAGAGAAUAUCAACCCAAUGCUAUGCACCCACCUGAUUUUCGCCUUUGUGGAGAUCAGCCCCGACGGAAGCGAUCUCGUCCCAUUCCACAGAAACGACGCGGGCCCAAACGGCAUGUAUGCACGCACGCUGGCUUUGAAGAAAGUAAACCCCAAGCUCAAGGUACUUCUCGCAGUGGGAGGUUGGCAGAUCGGCUCCAAACCUUUCAUCCCCAUGAUCAGAAAUGAGACCACCCGAAGGAAGUGGAUCAAGAACGUUGUUCGAUACGUGAGAAGCAAUGGCUUUGAUGGUUUUGAUAUGGAUUGGGAAUUCCCAGCAACCAGGGGAAGUCCCCCAGAAGAUAAAUAUAGAUUUACAUAUCUAAUGAAGGGUCUCUACGAGGCAUUUGCUGAGGAAGCGAAAGAGUCAGGCAAGGAAAAGCUGAUACUGACACUGGCUGCAGCCUCAGGGACGUACUACAUUGACCAGAGCUAUGAGCCCAAGAAAAUAAUCAAUUACAUCGACUAUAUGUUGUUGAUGACUUACAACUACCAUGGUCAGUGGGAGAAAAAAACUGGACACCACAGUGGACUGUACGCCCAUUACAAUGACCCUAAGACUGGUGAGAAGUCUCAGCUAUACCAGGAGUGGUCAAUAGAUUAUUGGCUGGACAUUGGAAUCCCCAAAGAAAAACUCGUCGUUGGCCUCCCAACUUACGCCAUGACGUACACAUUGGUGGACCCCACUAAACAUGACGUUCAUUCGCCAGCAGCCGGUGGGGGCAAGAUGGGAGAAUUUACAAAGGAGACAGGAAUUUUGGCUUACUACGAGAUCUGUUUGAAUUUGAUGAACAAAGGCUGGAACUCUGAAUGGAUUGACGAUCAGAAGGUUCCUUACGCCUACGGGGGGAAUCAGUGGGCAGGAUACGAGAACAGACACAGCAUAGCUUUAAAGUCCAAUAAUAUUCUAAAGCGUAAUUUGGCUGGAGCCUUUGUCUGGUCUAUCGAAAUGGACGACUUUAAUGGUGUAUGCGGGGACGGGCCCUACCCUCUGCUGUCUACCAUCACCAACAUACUGGAUGGCACACUGUCUAAGUCUGCUGCUCGGCAGUCAAAUAGCCUACCAUCUAAAGAAGUUCCCAAAAUAAUUCCACCAAAAUCUCGGCUACAGCCAAAAGUAAAAAAUGUAAAUCGAAAUGAGGUCAAAAGCUCGCAGACAAGCUCCGAAGAUGAGGAAAAAUCUGGCCAGGUUACCACUACAAAAACUCCUGAGGAGGUAACGACCGAAAAGAAAGUUGAGAAAAAUCGUGUCCGGUGGUGGACUGCUCCGUUGUGGAGAAAGACUGCUACCUGGAAACCAAUGAAAGCCUCAAAGUCUGUUGGUGAACCUGCUGCCAAAGAGGGACACUCGAGGACGAACAUAUUUUGGAGGCGAAAAGGGUUGAAAAAUAUUCAGCCAGUUGACAGCAAUAGUUUCAAGGUCACUGUCGUCAAGCCUUGGCAUGGCCUGCAGUGGUGGUCUCCACUCAAAGCGUCUGCAGACUCAAACAAAAAACACAGCCUCGAUUUUCUUGGAAAAAGCCCAACGCCUGAACCUAUCAGUGCUAGGCCAAGCAUGUUGGCAGCUUACAUGGGUAUAAUAGAUGCCAGGACUGACGUCUGCAGAAAAAAUGGUAUCGGCACUUUUGCUGAUCCGAUGUCAUGUGACCAUUUCGUCAUCUGUUUGUCUGGUAAUUGGCUUGAUAUCCCUCCCCACGUCAUGGCCUGUCCGGUCGGCACGAGAUUUGACGCCAAUUUGAGGCUAUGCAAUUAUGCUUCUCACGUUGAAUGUAAAAAUUAAAGAAAAAAAAAACUUUUA